ACUGCUUUUACUGGACUUGUUUAUUCAGUUGCUGCUGAUUUCUGCAUUUCUCUUUUGAGGUAUUGGUUAAAUGCAGGGGGAAAUUAAUAUCCACCAAUUUUUUACUGGCUAUACAAAUGGUCGUAGGGAUUGGCUUGCUUGGCCACAGAUAUUGAAAUUAAAAGAUUGGCCUCCUUCUAAUUUAUUUGAGGAACAAUUGCCUCGUCAUUGUGCUGAGUUCAUAUCUUCCUUACCCUUCAAGGAAUAUACUGAUCCUCACAAAGGUUCUCUUAACCUUGCUGUGAAGUUGCCUAAUGGUUCUCUAAAGCCAGACCUGGGGCCAAAAACAUAUAUUGCUUAUGGAUUUCUUCAGGAGCUUGGACGUGGUGAUUCAGUGACUAAGCUCCAUUGUGAUAUGUCUGAUGCAGUAAAUGUGUUGACUCAUAUUGCUGAAGUGAAACUGGAUUCUGAUCAACUUACUGUCAUUGAGAAGUUGAAGCAAAAGCAUCUCGAGCAAGAGAAAAGGGAGCUACUUGGUGAUGAUCAGGAUGGAGAAACUAAUGUUGACAUGCUUAAUAAUUCAUCUUCUACAAUAAAUGCUUUGGACAGGCAAAGUAGUGUUGAAGUCAUGGAACAAGAAGGUGGAUUAUGUGAUGGGAAAGAAGUUGAUCAGUUUCAUCAACCGUCUAGUAGUAAUGAGGUUGCCAUUGCUAAUGAGGAUGGUAUUUCAUAUGGAUCAGAGCUCAUAGAGGUUGACAAAGUAAAAAUAAAUCAAGGUGAUUUGUUGUUUGGGGGGAUGCUUCAGAUGGUGCUCUCUGGGAUAUUUUUUGGAGACAGGAUGUCCCUAAGUUGCAGGAAUAUCUGAAGAAGCAUUUCAGAGAGUUUAGGCAUGUCCAUUGCUGUCCUUUAAAGCAGGAUGAUUGACUUUUGGAUGUAUAGGUCUUUACGCCUUUAUCUUAUUCUGCAAUGACUCUGUGAGAGAGGAAGAAUAAAAGGGAAUGGAAGUUUGGAAAAUUUUAGACUAGAAGAAAGCCAACUUAGAGUUGAGCUUUUUAAGAACAAAUUCUAUCUCAAAAUCAAUUAUAAGAUGAACAAGAUUUUUAAAAUUUAAAUAACCAAAUGGUCUAGAUCUAAAAAUAAGCUCUAUUUCACCUAGAUAUCUAGCUUUGAUGGUUGCCGAACACCUUAGAUUUUGGGAAAUUUAAUUCAUGUACCAUAGAAAAAAGAAGAAAAUUAUUCAUUUGCCAGGUUAUUUCUAGUUGUUAUGUUUCUCUGUUGUAUUUGUCUGAAGUUUGUCCUUGUUAUGUUUGUCUCUUGUAUUAUCAGUUGGAUCAUGCCAAUGAAUUAUCAAACUCCCUGAAAGAAAGUGCCAAUAUUAACACUGUUCGGGCAUCGCUUAUUGUUGAAGAAUGCACAAGACUUGGUUUGAUGUAUUUGUGUAUUGCUCCUGGAUCUAGACCUUCCCCUGUUGCUGCUGCUGCUGCAAGUCACAAAUUAAUCACAUGUAUUUCAUGCUUCGAUGAGCGUUCACUUGCAUAUCAUGCUGUUGGAUAUGGAAGAGGAUCUCACAUUCCAGCAGUAGCCAUUACAUCAUCAGGCACUGCAGUUUCCAACCUUCUUCCUGCUAUUGAGUUAGAUGAGCUGGAAAGUGUUUCCAUUCUGUCCAUGACCCUUGCAUGGGAUGAAUUUUCCUUCUCUACUUUUCAAGAAGCCCAUUAUUCACUUCAAGAUUCUCUAGACCAGGUGCCUGACAUGCCUUUUUGAUAUCUUUUCUGUUUUGUUGUUUUAUUUACCAUCGUUCCCUGCUUCUAUCAUUUUUCAUGUAAUUUGGAAUAUUUAAAGUUAAAUGAUCAAUUCUUUUUUGUAUCAGUUUUUACACCUUUGUGAAUGAAAAAAGGGAAUCUUUCAUUAUGGUUUGGUUGGGCCUUUCUCUUUGUUUCCUAUAAUCUAGAGGAUCCUUAUCUUCUUCUUGGGUUCUGAAAAAAUAAAAACAUCAACUCCCUCCUGUAUUUAUGCUUGAUGUUAUUUCCUACGGUGUUGGUUAUGUGUCAUGUCUGGUCUACUAUUGACACAUGGAAAUCCAAAUGCACUAGAGCUGCCCUCAAAAAACUCAAUUUGGUAGAAGAUAGAUCUAUUCCAAGGGUAUAAGCUCAUUUCUUUCCUAAUAAUAUGUAAGUUUUACUUGCAACUAGUUGUUACUUCCCUGAAUGCCAAUAUUUGUUUGACAUGUUUCUUUAGUUGAUAUUUUUCUUUUGCAUUUUCUUUUC